GACUCCCAUGCUAAGCAGGCUGUCUUUCACUCCCGGCCCUGCUCUGUCCGCGUCCUGUAUGGAAGACACGCGUCAACACCGGGUACUUAAACGCGAGUCGUCCUGGCCAGUGCACCAGUGAGGCCUGGGCAUCUGGAGCAUCAUGUCUCACCUCAAGGUUGUCGCCGUCCUCGCUCUCGCGGCAGCCGCCCUCGGCCGCCCGGAGCACGCCCCCCACCCAUCACCUUACGGUCCUCCCCCAUCACCCACCUACGCUCCACCCCCACCCCCACCCCCACCCCCACCACCUAGCUAUACUCCACCCCCACCCCCACCCCCACCACCUAGCUAUACUCCUCCCCCACCCCCACCUCCACCAUCCACCUACGCUCCACCUCCCCCACCCCCACCACCGACCUAUGCUCCACCCCCUCCCCCAUCAUAUACCUACGCUCCCCCAGCUGAGCCAACAGAGAAACCUGUCUACGACUUCGACUGGGCCGUGAAGGACGACACCGCUGGCCUUGACUUCGGCCAGAAUGAACACCGCGACGGCGACAACACAGAUGGCAGCUACCACGUGCUGCUUCCCGACGGCCGCGUGCAAAAGGUCACCUACAAGGCAGACAAGGAAGGCGGCUUGAUGGCAACAGUGGAGUACGAGGGAGAGAUCAAGCAGGAGCAUCAGGGUUACGGCACGCCCCCAGUAACCUACGCUCCUCCUCCUCCUCCACCACCCCCACCAUCCACCUACGCUCCUCCACCUCCCCCAUCCACCUAUGCUCCCCCACCUCCCCCACCUCCCCCACCCACCUAUGCUCCCCCACCUCCCCCACCUCCCCCAUCCACCUAUGCUCCCCCACCUCCCCCACCUCCCCCACCCACCUAUACUCCCCCACCUCCCCCACCUCCCCCAUCCACCUAUGCUCCCCCACCUCCCCCACCUCCCCCACCCACCUAUGCUCCCCCACCUCCCCCACCUCCCCCAACCUACGCUCCCCCUCCCAUAGCAUACGGCCAUCACGGCUAAGCGCUCCCUCCACUCCCUAACUCCAUAGCCACAAUCUUUCCGUCUCCAUCUUCCCGGUUCUCGAAAUUUCAGUACAUCUUAUGUGUCUGUUUAUGAUUGUCAAGUAAACGAGCAGCUAAC